ACGCUGGGGGGCGCGCACCACGCGGCUCCGCUGUAAACGCCCCCUCAAACAGCGAUGUCUUCUCUUCACACUUCGUUUUGUGGACGUAGUGGGCGAAGGCGUGCUGUGCUUUCUCCUUCAUCUGCAAUGUCUCCCAGGCUGUACAGCGUUCCCACAAGCCCGUCCUUCGGCUUUGUCCGUUCCGUGGCGAAACAUAUUAACAUCGACCUAUGUGUCAGGCAUCUGGAUUUUUCGGAAGAGCACCUCAACGACGAAUACGUGAAGCCUAAUCCCUUCCGCAAGGUGCCUACUCUGGAGGAUGGUCGGUUCGUGGUUCACGAGAGCGCUGCUAUCGCCUACUACCUGCUCAGCAAGUAUGCUCCUCAGUCCCAACUGUACCCACUGAGCCCGAGGCAGCGCAACCGUAUCGACCAAAUCAUGGUCACCAUCGCCAACACCAUUCGACCUCAUUUUGUGGAAUUUUUCCGCCGCAUCUCUUGCGACAACAGCGAGCCCACCACAACGGAAAUAGCCGCGUUCGAGAAGACCGUCAUUAAAGGGCUAGAGCAUCUCGUCGGCGAAGGACCGUUCGCAACCGGUGACAACCUUACGCUCGCCGAUCUGUGCAUCAUCGCCAACCUCAAUGUGGCUUUCACAAACGGCUUCGUCGAUAUAGCAAAGUUCCCCACCAUGGUAGAUUACUACGGUCGCGUCGCGGAGGUGCUUCCGUAUUUCUCCGAAGUAUUUGGAGACUCGGUAGAUUUCACUCACCUGCGCUGGCCACAGCUCGUUCCAGCUCCUCUGAUCUCUGAAGAAUCGGCAGGUGAACAGCCAAUGAAAUCGAAAGAACAAGUGACUCAGGAAGACCAGGAAGAAGAAAUGACGCCAGAAGAACCAAGCAAAUCGGCCGACAAGGAAGUACCAAGCAAAUCGGCCGACAAGGAAGUACCAAGCAAAUCGGCCGACAAGGAAGAACCAAGCAAAUCGGCCGACAAGGAAGAACCAAGCAAAUCGGCCGACAAGGAAGAACCAAGCAAAUCGGCCGACAAGGAAGAACCAAGCAAAUCGGCCGACAAGGAAGAACCAAGCAAAUCGGCCGACAAGGAAGAACCAAGCAAAUCGGCCGACAAGGAAGGACCAAGCAAAUCGGCCGACAAGGAAGGACCAAGCAAAUCGGCCGACAAGGAAGGACCAAGCAAAUCGGCCGACAAGGAAGGACCAAGCAAAUCGGCCGACAAGGAAGGACCAAGCAAAUCGGCCGACAAGGAAGGACCAAGCAAAUCGGCCGACAAGGAAGGACCAAGCAAAUCGGCCGACAAGGAAGGACCAAGCAAAUCGGCCGACAAGGAAGGACCAAGCAAAUCGGCCGACAAGGAAGGACCAAGCAAAUCGGCCGACAAGGAAGGACCAAGCAAAUCGGCCGACAAGGAAGAACCAAGCAAAUCGGCAGACAAGGAAGAACCAAGCAAAUCGGCAGACAAGGAAGAACCAAGCAACUCGGAAUACAUGGUAGAGCCAAUGAUAGGCACAGGUAGUGUGUGA